AUGUCGCACAGCAGCGGCCACGGCGCGACCGCCGACUGCAAAGUCUCCAUGCUUUGGAACUGGUACACCAUUGACUCCUGCUUCCUCGCCGAGUCCUGGCACGUCGGCAGCAACGGCGCCUUCGCUGCCAGCUGUAUUGGCGUCGCCCUCCUCACCGUGACCCUCGAGUUCGUCCGCCGCCUCGGCAAGGAGUACGAUGCCCUGCUUCUGCGUCAGUUCCACGCGCGCGCGGCCCAGAUGGCUGUCGCCGCCGCCGUCGAGCCCUCGUGCUGCGACGACACCGGCGCCGUCGCCCGUCCCAGCGCGCCGCUCAUCUUCCGCGCCUCGCCCGUCGAACAGCUCAUCCGGGCCGUGCUGCACACGACCUUCUUCGGCCUGGCCUACAUCAUCAUGUUGCUCGCCAUGUACUACAAUGGCUACAUCAUCAUCUCCAUCCUGCUCGGUGCCGGCCUCGGCAAGUUCCUCUGCGACUGGCUCGUCUACAAGGUGGAAACUGGGGCCGCCACGCAACAGGCCAAGGGCGUCGAGGAGCCCACUGGAUGCUGCGGAUGA